CCUAAAAUUAUAAAAUUAAGCGAUAAAAAAGGGAAAAAUAGCAAAUUCAAGCAAUAUUAUCUUUCUCGAAGAAAGAAAGAAAGAAAGAAAGAAAGAAAGAAAGAAAGAAAGAAAGAAAGAAAGAAAGAAAGAAAGAAAGAAAGAAAGAAAGAAAAUACGAUCUUUGUACACCACUGCAUUUGUGAAGAUUUCAACAUCAUGUUAGUCACAUCUCUGCUCGGAUUCUUCUUCCUGAUGUUUGGCCUUGACAUUGACUCAGGUGAUGAAGUUCCAGAAGUUGAAGCCAUUGUGGGCUCCACAGUUCUUCUGAACUGCAGCAUUCCAGUGAAGGCUAGCAUGUCGAUUUCGGUUCAGGUGCUUGACUGGCUCUUCAACAAGACCACGGUUGUUCACCGGCAUGAGAUGGGUGCUGAUGUGCACAUGCAUCAAGACGGACGUUUCAAGGGAAGGACAGAGGUGUUUGUGAAGGAGCUGCCAAGUGGAAACUUCUCAUUGCUGCUAAGGAACGUUGACUUGGAUGAUGCUGGGCUGUAUACAUGUCAGGCUUACAUGUCUACUGGAUACUGGACAGAACAUUCACUUCUGCAAAUCUUGAGCGAGCCGGAGGCAGAGAGAUCAGAAACCCCAAACAUCGUUACCAGCCAGACAACUGAGAGUACAGUAGAGGAGCGCAUGUUCCUCGUUCUGGCGCUGCUGCUCAUCUUGACUGUUCUCAUCGCAAUCGUGAUGUAUUUCAGAAAGCAACUACAAGAGAUGUUCAACAAAGUAUGUGAAAAAUUAACUCGAAGCUAAUUUGACUUUGACAAGAAGUGGGGGGACAAAGUUGAGAGCCUAAUAUAUCUGAAAUAAGAGGACAAAAGAAAAACAGCCAUGGUUUGUUCUGAGGUCUUCUGCUCUGUUUCUACCUCUGACUCUCCAGCAAAGUGCCUCUGAGAAACGUUAAAUGAGGUAAUGGUAAAGCGGUAAAUGAAACUGGGAGAGGGUCUGGAUAAGGCCUGGGACGCAAAACACAACGUGAAAAGGAAGUCAAGAACGCUUGACAUUGGACAAGCAGAUACACUGAAGCUGUGAAAAACCAGGAAAACCUGAGAACCAGAGGCCAGUGAGAGACCCUCUGAAGAGUGAAGACAAAGCCAGUCACCCAAUUUCGAUCCAAUUCAGCAGGCCUUUCCAUAUUCUGAAGAGAAAACGUAAGGGGACAAGCACCUAAAAGAAACAGGAGUUGAAGAUGGCUGCAUGAGAGGCUUAUCAGAGCAUCACCAGAGAAGAUCCUCAGCACCUGGUGGCGUCUAUGAAUCGCACACUUCAAGCAGUCAUUGCCUGUAAGGGAUAUGCAACAUAGAACAAAAUAUGGUGGCUUUAAUAGACCUGCCAUUGCUGUGUGUCAAACAUAAUGGUGCCCUGAAAUGGGGGGCCGUGUAGACUGAAGUGUGCACAAAUCCCCCCUCAAUGGAACUCUACAAUGUGCACAAUAAUCACAGAGUCUGAAUUGCAUGAUUUGUCAUUUUAAACAGAGGGAGCAGAGGAGGAAUGUCCCAAACAUUAUGGAGGGCAACAUAGAUAACAAAACAAAUGCAGGAUCAAGCUGUCCAAUUAAUGCACACACAAUUCAUUAAAGGGGAAAACUGGUAAUUAAUUAGGAAGCUUUUUGUAACAAAACACAUCUGCCUCCACAACCAAAGUGGACUGAGCUACACAGCCCUGGCACAUGCCCAGGUCACAAUGCCAGUCGCCCGUCAGAAGCUCAUUUACUCAAGCAGCCACCAUAGUUAAAUACAAUUUCAUAAUUUGUUACUCACUUUUUUUUUUAACAACAUUAGAAGGUUUAUGAUGAGAAGGGGGUCUUCAGCCCUGCACAGCUCACCAGUCCCACACUGUUAAAAAUGCUGGCUCUUUCAUGGCACUUUAUGGUUCUUUAGUGGGUUGUGUGGUUCCUCAUAGCACUAUUGCUUGACAAAGCACAAUCAUAUUCUGGGAUGGAUUCUUUGUAUAUGAAGUUGGUUCAUUGUGAUUUGAAAAACUUCCUAAUAUGUUGAAAAAAAUGUCAUCUUUAAUGCAUCAUAGGCAACAUAACAAGAAACUAACAGAUCAUGUAGACCUGCUUGUGUUAUUGCAGCGGUUCUCAAGCUGUGGGGCGCGCCCCCCUAGGGUAACAAAAAAGGGGACGCGAAUGUUGCCGUAUGUGGCGUAAUUUUGCUAUUCAUACGGAAAUUUUAAACUUGUAGAGGUGUAUCGGCAGCAAAAAAUAUAGGAAUAGAUUUUAUUAGGGUUUCUAAAAAACAUUCGGGGGCGCGAUUAAAACUGUUAUGGAAACUUGGGUCGCAAAUACUUAAAGGUUGAGAAACGCUGUGUUAUUGUAUGCAGAGAGAGUCCUUUUGAAAUCAUAAGGCCAUUGAUAUUUCACAAAUCGGUCACCAUCUGUUUGUGGUUAUGGAGCCUCUUACAGAUCCAAAUAAAUAAAGGUUUCUCUCUGGAACCAUCAAGUGGAUGGGUCUUUUGGGAACCAAAAAUGGUUCCCUUCUGUUAUUGCUCUGAAGAACUGCUCUGGCACCUCGAUUUUUAAAAGUACAUGUUACAAAACAACACCAAAUUGAGUUUGAAGGUCUCUAAAGUCCUGCUGUCUACCACACUUCUUGGCCAUUUCUUCCAAUGUCUUUUUACAGAAACUCUUUAAAUAAAUAAAUACUGUAGGUAGACAAACAAACAAAUAAAGAAAGAAAUAAAUCUACUC